AAUAAAAAGGACUGGAGUGAAGAUGAGUUUGAGGGAUAUGUUGGAGAGCCAGACGGUCAACAGGAGGAGGGGAGAGAGGGAGAGAGUGAUGAUGGACAGCUAGAGAGCGAAGGAGAGAAUGCUGAUAGACUGGAGAUCGGUGGUGAAUGUGAGGUAGGAGAAGCUAGCAACCUGCCUCCAUACUCUCACACACCUGGGUGCAACUAUCCCUGCGACAAUGCCACUGCAUUCGAAUUCUUCAGCAUGCUUCUGACGGACCCAGACAAACCUCUAUGCCGACCAAUACAUCUCGACACAAUCUCCCUCCUCGAUCGAAAGUCCAUGGUUGGUCACGUCCUCAGUCGAGACCGGUUCUCUCUCAUCCUCAAGUUCCUCCACCUCAAUGGCAACAGUCUCUACAUUCUGAGAGGGCAACCAGGCUGCCUUCACUCUUCAAAGUAUGGUAGGCUUCAAGGGGAGGCUCUGUUCAUCCAGGACCUCCCCAAGAAGCCCACCAAGUGGGGCAUCAAAGCCUAUGUUUUGGCAGACAGUAGAACUGGCUACGUCUACAACUGGCGACUAUACACAGGGGAGGAUGAGGCACUGGAUGUUGGCGACAAAGGCUAUCCCCAUGCUGUAGUAUGAUGUAUGUAGUAUGAUGUAUGAUGGCUGUUUGGGGCCAUCCAUUUCCAUCAAACUUUCUGCCAUUUCCAUCCAACUUCCAUUUCCUUCCACAUCUGACUUAUGCGCAUGCGUCUACGCAAAGCUGCGAGUUAUGAGCCCGAUCAAGUACUGGAUGUUGCCGUGCGAGCAGAG